AUGGUACCGUUAAUCCCAUUUUACUACGUUGCCUUGGUAGUGGUGACGGUACUUUUUGCCAAUUAUAAUCCAUAUUUUACACUUCCUGGAGUGACAGAUAAGAUAGGAGGAUAUCUUGAUGCUGCAUCAAGGAGACUUUUUGGAACAGAGCUUUCCCUUGUGCAGAAAGACCAGCAAUCUAAGAGUUUGAUACCAUUGGAUUUUCCCAAAAUUAAAUCGUUAAUAUGUCAGAAUAGCAAGGUUGUCGCGUCCAUCGAUAAGGUCACAAGUUUGUGGGAUACAUACGUGUUGCCAUACAUAUUAAUGUUGGAAAAGAUAUUGGAACCGGCUUUCUUGAAGUUGAAAGAAGCAUUCACACCUCUAGUUGUGCUUUUGAAACCCUACUGGAUUUCUCUCAAGAACUUUGUUACGCCGUACAUAAACAUAGCAAAAGAUCAGACUUGUGCCGUGGUCCACUCCUUGAAACAGUCUUUGGCUCCAUACUUUAAGGAGCUCGAUGAAAUUUAUGUCUUCUUUAGUAACUGGUUGAAGACCAGCUACCAAAAAUAUUUGGAAGGCUAUGUGAUCCAUGCUACGGACACGCUCAAACUGCUAUCAUUGGAAAUUCAGCUAUGGUAUGAAACAAACAUAGUGCCUUUUGCUGAAGAACACCAGACAACCUUUACCGUUUUAGUUUCUGCUUUGUCACUCUUGAUUUUGAUUCCAGUUCUUUUGCCUCCUACCAAGAGACUUCUUAAGUAUGUGACAAAAGACGCGUACAACCUUGGAAAUGGAAUCAAUUCCAUGUAUAACACUGAGGACAAAACACUCUCCGAGUCAUCAUCUGGUGUUUCUUCUGGAAUCACUUCCAGGGAAGGUACCCCUGUUGGAUUAUCUGGGGAUGCGAGUCAUCGUGCAAAGAAAGCAUAA